AUGGAAACAGGUUUUACUCUGCCCAUACUAGCCGGCGAUUACGACUCCGGUGAUAGCAAGCGAGUAAGAAUGGCUGAUCGACGAUUUAACGUUGACGGCGAAGGCAGACCUGUAAAAUUACCAAAAAUCGAGGAGAACGGAGAUGUAGGGACAUCGGAAGCAACACAAGUCCAUGUCGAUUCACUAAUGGCUGACGUGGCAAUUAACGAUGUAGACGGGAAAACAAACGCCGGCCACGGAGUAGUCUCGGUCAUGGGACGGCAGAGAGCUAUGACGACCGCCGUUUCCACCGUCGUCGAUGAGAUCCCCUCUUACGAUAUUUUUGGAAUCUUUGACGGUCUUAGGCCCGCUAAAUUCUUCGAGGAGAGGCUGUGUCGGCUCGUGAAGGAGGAGGUGACGUCAUGCCACGACCGUAGAGUGGCGGUAGACUGGAAUAAAGUGAUGAGAUCAUGUUUUUCGGAGACGGUGGGGACAGUGAGGUCCACGGAGGCGAAAGCUGUGGUUACGAUAGUCGGAAAAGAGGAGGUGAUUGUACUUUGCCGUGGCGGCGCAAGGGUGGUUCUUUACUCUCACGGCGGAGUUGCUUUGCCUCUUUGCCAUAUCCAUCAUCACAAGAGUGGUGAAGAUCAAAUAUUAAAGAUCCAUAAAAGGAACAUGAUAGACGAUUUCAUAGUACUUGCAUGCGAAGGGCUAUGGGACGUUGUCUCCGACGACGACACAUAUCAGCUUGUCAAAUGUUGUCUCUACGGCAAAUCACCAAACGAAAGUAAAAGUGAAUCAAGCUCGACAAAGGCUGCGGUGGUAUUGGCAGAGCUUGCAAUUGCUAGAGGAAGCAAAGAGAAUAUAAAUGUCAUUGUUAUUGAUCUCAAGAACAAGAACUCUACUGUUUCUUAG